AAUAAUAAUAAUAAUACCCAAGUCUCGCUCUGAAAGAGGUGCUCACAUAACAUGAAUAAAACAUGUUCACUUUUGUUACUUUAAGAACUCCAAAUUAUAUGAAACUAUAUCGUCUUUACGACAGUUAUGAAGGCAACACCUACUUCACUCCGGCAAUAUUAAAACAUAAACAUUACUAAUGUAAUAACAUGCUUGCUUUACAGAUGUCGAAAGAUCAUGUGUUAACUGGAAUAUACGAGAGGCUUAUAAAACCAUAUAAGGAGACUUUUGUGACCAGCGAAAUUGAAGGCCUAAGGAACACAUGUCAGUUACGCAAUUAUGCAUACGCCGUAACGAUGCACAGUACCAUACAUGCUUUCUUAAGCAGUAUACAUUGCAACAUUGUAGCACUUCCUCGUGCUUAUGUUCCCUACUCUUCGUCCCUUAUCAUCAGCAAGAACUUCCCAUUUAAGGUGCUAUUUCAUCACCACAUUCAAGAGAUGAGACGAACUGGUAUUUUGAAGCGAAUCAAACAGAGUGCGUGGUAUGAUGGUUUAGAAGACAAUCCUUACGACACGUCGGUUGCUACAACAUUGGAAACUGUUAUGAUCUUUCAUUAUAUUCUGGGAAUAGGUGUCCUGUCGUCCUUCCUACUCCUGACGCUGGAACGAACAUGGUGGACUAUGAAGGUUCGCUUAAAGAAGAGACAUUACUGAAGCAAUAAUCCUCAUCAGAGUCCCUUGAUUCUGUUUCUAUUCUCGGGUGUUUGUAGCUAUGUGGACGUAGGCAAUUUUUCUGAAGUUUCGGAAGUACAUACUGCUUCCAUUAUCAGGGUCGAAGUUUGUAUGAUGAGUUAGUGUUUGUGUAUGUACAGGAUUUUUGCCCAACUGACCGAGGGUUGUGGAGGCUGGUGACCUGUCCGGACUAACAGGGACCGUUGGGAGGGAAAUGCAUAUCCGAAAUGUUGGUAGCAUUGAUCACGUUUACACAGUGCAGAACAAAGUGCAGAAUCAACGUAAAUUAAUCGCAGAUUUUCAAUCUUAGACUCUAAAAUAUAUAUCUUCAAUUUUUCUUUAAGAAGUGCUACGAAGAAUUGCGAGUGUAGAAAACGUGAGACUGGAUUGCUUUGAAACUUGUCUGUAAAGCUACGUUUUGUAUACUGCUAUUCCAUAGAUUUAACUCAACUAAUUAUGCCCAGUAUCAUUUAUACAAUUACUCACACAAAAAAGAGAAUAUUAUGACGUAUAGACCCAGUUCUAGGUGACGGCUCGAUAAACACGUUGCCGCGGAAACAGAUGCUUGGUACACAGCCCGUUGCUAGGUUUUUUGAGAAGAAGUGGGUCUGGAACGGGGUUCACUCAGCCUCGUGAGGAUAA